UGUUUGACUUAAAAUAAGCUGUGCAUUCACCUUGAUCAUUUAAACUAACCAUUUACUCACCAAUUUUACUUUUCAGGAAAAUCUGCGAACUUGCAGAUCGCUAUGGUGCAGUAACAUUCAUGGAUGAAUGUCACGCUACUGGUUUCUUCGGGAAGACCGGCAAGUAUGGGCUUAAUUUUUACCAAAAAAAUCCCCGAAUUUUGAAGCUUUCCAGAUUUCGAAGCUUUGUUAUCUCCUUUGUAGAGGCACAGAAGAGUAUUAUGGCAUGCAGGGAAAGGUUCACAUUAUCAACUCCACUCUUGGCAAAGCCCUUGGCGGGGCUUCUGGUGGAUACACUACCGCAUCCAAGGAAAUCGUCAACCUUCUCCGCCAGCGUGGCAGACCUUAUCUGUUUUCCAACAGCCUUCCACCAGCCGUCGUUGGCGCCGCUUUGGGUGCGUUCCAGCUUCUCACAGAAAGCUCCGCUCUGCCAGAAAAACUGCACGGCAACAUUAAGAGAUUCCGUGACACAAUGACCGCCCGAGGAUUUACGCUAUCUGUGGGUUGCCAAUUCGGUCUUAUUAUUUAACCCCCACUUAUUUAUACUUCAUACAGUCAUAUUUUUAAAUAUUUCGUUUGUUAAAUUGGCUCCUUACAGGGUGACUACGACCAUCCCAUUGCUCCUGUCAUGCUCGGUGACGCUCGAUUGGCCGCCACGUUUGCUGACGAAAUGCUCAGUAGGUUUAUGUCAAUGUUCAAGACUUAGUGUUUAUUAGAAUUCAUUUAUGCUUAUCAAAUCUACUUUGACGAAAACACCUUGCGAAGAACUAAAGCAGAAUUUUGAUAUUUGUAGAGCAAGGUAUCUACGUAAUUGGCUUCAGCUACCCAGUCGUACCAAAAGGAAAGGCACGCAUACGUGUGCAGAUAUCUGCGGCUCACUCUACUGAACAGAUCGACAAGGCUAUUGAUGCCUUCACAGCUGUUGGCAAGAAACUUAAUGUUAUUCAUUGA